AUGUUGGGAAGGAUUUUACUGCUUGUUGUGAUACAGCUGGCCAAGCUAGGGCUUACACAUGCGCGACCUUCUCACGACCCAGGUCAGACUGGACAGUGUCCCUCCACUGGACUCCCCUCGGGUGGCCUGAGAGAGUUGAAUGUGAUACAUGACGCCAAGCCUAGAUAUCGACUUGAUUUACAACAGACCCAAAGUGGUUAUGUACCAGGUCACACAUACACAAUCUACGUACGUGCCCAGGAUCCUAGUAAAGCAUUUAGCGACAUAUUGCUGUCUGUGACAUCAGAAGGCAGAGCUUGCCAUCAUGGCAACUUCAGCAUCCAGUCAAAGCACUACUAUCAGCCUGAAGGAUGUGAUCACAUGGUGCUCAAGAAUACACGAGAGUUUGAACACACCUUUGUAUUCCAAUGGACUGCACCGACCUGUGGCUGUGUCAUUCUUAGAGCUCGUGUUAAGUCAGCCGACAACAUCUACUACCUGGAUAACGAGAAUGUCAUUGAUGGGUACCUGACCAAACGUGUCUGUCGAAGCCACAUGUCUACAAUACUAUCCAGGAUAAGUCACUCAGAGCGUGAAGACUUACUCUGCCAAGUAGUUAGCAGGCCGAAUGAUCAGAUAGUCAAUGAAGACCACUUCUUAAGGAGAAGAAAGAUGAACCCCAGCCAGAUGACUGUCCUGGAGCGGGAUGCCCUCCAGAUCUCGCUAAGUCAGCGAAUCUAUCAAAUACAACAGUGUUGUGUUCAGAAGGGUACUGCCAAGACUGACUGUUUGGGAGAUAUUCGUCGUCAUCGCAUUGAUCAGUUGUGUGCUAAUACCCAACAGGUGCCCUUCACUGUUCGUGGCGAUGCAUAUAUGACCGAGCAUCGAGACAACUGUUGCUGGCGACUAGGUGAACGGCGCUACAAUUGUUUCGCAAUGGGCCACCAGGGUGAUGGUGUUCCUGUUCUCCAGAGUGACAUAGACAGGGCCAUUGCCAUGGUGACAGGUGUAAAUGGCUUUGACGAGUCUGACCCUGUUAAUGACUUAGAGGAUUUCCCCAACAGGUUGAGUGAAGAGCUUGUUCACUUUAAGACAUACCACAAUGAGUUAGAACAAGAAAGCAAGCAUGUGGUAGCUGAUGUUCCUCGUGUAGUCUCCACUUUAGCACCACGAUCUAACAAGGUGCCUGAAAAACUACCAGUUCUUUCAAGAUACAGGAUUGCUGAACAGUCGAAUCAGCCUGUUUCUGAAGAGACCACCCCACUUAAGCAACCUCCUAUGGAAGAUUCUACCAACAUGGAACCAACACCUCAAACAGAGUCACUCAUUCAAACCACCCAAGGGCUGGAGAAGAAGUUGUUGCGGGCACAGGUUGAGCUGGAAUGUUGCCAGCAGGGUAAAGUGUAUGGCGCAAGGCUGGUCUCUGGGGACACCUGGGACAGGUGUGAGCAGAGGACACGCAAGGUCACCAAGGCCAUGAAGGGGAAAAAGAAGCGAUGGUGUCGCAGGUACCAUCGCAGGUGCUGUGUGGAAAGUGUCCUAAGCCAGGAUAGUGAUCUGUCAGAAACUGGCCAGGUUAGUGAUCUGUCAGAAACUGGUCAGGUUAGUGAUCUGUCAGAAACUGGUCAGGUUAGUGAUCUGUCAGAAACCGGUAAGGUUAGUGAUCUGUCAGAAACUGGCCAGGUUAGUGAUCUGUCGGAAACUGGUCAGGUUAGUGAUCUGUCAGAAACUGGUCAGGUUAGUGAUCUGUCAGAGACUGGUCAGGUUAGUGAUUUGUCAGAGACUGGUCAGGUUAGUGAUCUGUCAGAAACUGGUCAGGUUAGUGAUCUGUCGGAGACUGGUCAGGUUAGUGAUCUGUCAGAAACCGGUCAGGUAAGUGAUCUGUCAGAAACUGGUCAGGUUAGUGAUCUGUCAGAGACUGGUCAAGUUAGUGAUUUGUCAGAGACUGGUCAGGUUAGUGAUCUGUCAGAAACUGGUCAGGUUAGUGAUCUGUCAGAGACUGGUCAGGUUAGUGAUCUGUCAGAAACUGGUCAGGUUAGUGAUCUGUCAGAAACUGGUCAGGUUAGUGAUCUGUCGGAGACUGGUCAGGUUAGUGAUCUGUCAGAAACCAGUCAGGUUAGUGAUCUGUCAGAAACCGGUAAGGUUAGUGAUCUGUCAGAAACUGGUCAGGUUAGUGAUCUGUCAGAAACUGGUCAGGUUAGUGAUCUGUCAGAGACUGGUCAGGUUAGUGAUCUGUCAGAAACUGGUCAGGUUAGUGAUCUGUCAGAAACUGGUCAGGUUAGUGAUUUGCCUCCCCCAGUAGCUGAAGAUGAAGACCAAAGACCAAAGGGUCAUGUUGAUGAAGACACCCAGGAUUCUGGACUAGAAAGUAUGGAUAGCUCUGAGGAAGAAACAGAAACUGAUGCUGAGGAUAAAACUUCUGAUAUUGAGGAUGGAAAUAUCAAUACUGAGGAAAACACUAGUAGAAACAAUGAAGAAGAUGAUGAUGCUGAUGAUAAUGGUGAUGAUGAUGAUGAUGAUGAUGAUGAUGAUGAUGAUGAUGAU